CUGAUGGCACUUCUCGCAUUCCUGUCAAGUUCUUCAAUCACUUCUGAUACCUUCUUGGUGGCAAAUCUGUGAUAGCAGCCUGGAAGGGAAACUAUUCCAGGGGCCUGGAUGUGAGAAGAAGAAAAGUUUAAUAGGUCCAUAUGUAAGUUUUGGACAUUUAUAAAAAAUUGGAAUAAACAUCAAGAUCUGAACACAUACUAACCAAGCUGCCAGGUGGGAGAGCCCUCAGGUGUCUAAAUCCAUCUUGGGAUGUGGCAUAGGAGAAAGUCUACAGUAAAGAUUCACGGUAACUUAAGGUAAAAGGAAAAAGUCAGGACUUCAGAUUUCCACCUGAAUCUGAAAGUGCAUCUUGAGUUAAACAUCCAGAGUCAAAUUCAGAUGUCUGCCUUGUGAACGCUUUUUGGAGAUUAAACAUGGCUGUCUUCAUUGUUUUAUUAACUUUGCUACAAGUUUCAAGUGCCUUAUAUGGGCCAAAGCUUUUGACAGGUGAGAUUGGAGGAUCAGUCACUAUCAAAUGUUUCUAUCGACCGACUAAAGCCAACAGACAUGACAGAAAGUAUUGGUGUAAAAUAUCAAGAGCCAGGAGAGUUUGCAACACCAUCAUUUCUACCAGCCCUUUCAUCUCUGAAGACUACAGAGACAGAGCAUCCAUCACUGACUUCCCUAAGAAUGGCACGUUUGCAAUACAAAUAACACAGCUGGAGCAGAAUGACGCUGGGGCUUACAGAUGUGGCAUCGGCAAUAGCAACAAAGCCUUAUUCUUCAGCAUGAAUCUAACAGUUUUGGAAAGUACAGUAACUGGGGAUCUUCACAACAGGCUGAUUGCAAAAGGUUCUAAUGUAUCUGAAUCACCAGAGCUUGUGCUUGGGAAGCUCAGAGGGUCAGUAACAAUACAAUGCCAACCUGAAAAUGUCAAAGGCGGUGGAAAGAAAUUCUGGUGCAAACUGGGAAAAACUGGCUGUUCUGUCAUAGCGGACUCUGAUGGUUAUGUGGCCACAAAUUAUGAGGGAAGGAUCUCUAUUACCUCUGAAGAAAGCUCUGGUACUUUCAAAAUCUUGAUAAACAGACUAAAAAAAGAGGACUCUGGACUGUAUAAGUGUGGGAUGGCCAUGCUUGGUGACUCUGGAAGUGCGAGAACCAUAGCUCUACAAGUGACUGAAGAGUCAACCCUUCCCAGGGAACCCAGGCUCCUGAAUGGAUCUGAAGGAGGCUUGGUGUUUGCCAAGUGCCACUAUGAUCCACAACGGAAUUAUGAGAUGAAAUACUGGUGCAGCUGGAAGGAAGCUGGAUGCUCCCUUGUGUCGAAUACGAGUGGAUUUGUACAGGAUGCAUUUGAAGGAAGAAUUCAGAUAAUCAGUGAUGACCCGGAAAAUGGGACUUUCACGGUAGUGAUGAGCCAUCUGGAAGAAAAGGAUGCAGGAUGGUACUGGUGUGGGGCUAAAGAUGGAGACAUAGAACAAACAUCCUCCAUGAAGUUACACGUUCAAAAGGAAUCAUUCUCUUCACUAGCUCCAGUACCAUCUGCAUCUGUGAGCCCAGUAUCACCAACAUCUGCUCUCCACAGCAUCCCCACUCAUGUAAAUGUCAUAAGUCAGACAUAUCCCACCAGCAGAGUCAUGGAGGGAAUACUGGAAAAAACAACCCCUGAAGACAUAUUUGUAACUUUUAGCAAUGCAGUUUAUGAAAGCAUCCCCACUCAUGUAAAUGUCAUAAGUCAGACAUAUCCCACCAGCAGAGUCACGGAGGGAAUAUUGGAAAAAACAACCCCUGAAGACAGAUUUGUAACUUUUAGCAAUGCAGUUUAUGAAAGCAUCCCCACUCAUGUAAAUGUCAUUAGUCAGACAUAUCCCACCAGCAGAGUCACGGAGGGAAUAUUGGAAAAAACAACCCCUGAAGACAGAUUUGUAACCGUUAGCAAUGCAGUUUAUGAAAGCAUCCCCACUCAUGUAAAUGUCAUAAAUCAGACCUAUCCCAUGAGCAGAGUCACGGAGGGAAUAUUGGAAAAAACAACCCCUGAAGACAGAUUUGUAACCUUUAGCAAUCCAAUCUAUGAAAGCUCAUCAACCAGUAAACUGCAACUGCUUCAAGUUGUGAUACCAGCCAUCAUUGUGCUGCUGCUGCUUGUUGCUAUUAUUAUUCUUAUAUUUAUUAAAGUCAAGCUUCACAAGAAGAAGGAGAUGAACAGAAGUGCUGUGAGAAACCUUGAAGCAACAGUAGCCUUGACUGAUUUAAAGUGCUUAAAAGAGCAAAUGAUGGAGGAAAACAUGGAUGCAGCAAAGCAAUGUGAACCUGCAAGGGGCCAUGACAAAGAACAUUCUUCACGGCUGUCGAAAGAUCCGGGUGGCCCAGAUGAAAUCUCUAAGUUUUUCUAACAAGGGAUCCAUCCAAUGGAAAAUGUUGCUCUCUCAAUUACAUCUGCCACCUACACACAAUGAAGUACCAGUUGCUGAAGUCUCAAGGGAAAUAGGGCAGGAUUCCCUAUCUCCAAAUCAUGGUGUUCACAAACUCAGUAGCUGACUUACAAGAUAGACGUCGCUAUAAAUUGCAGAUCGCACAGCUGAACUCUUAGCUUAUUCCCAUCCGCAACAGGAUGCAUUUCAUUUAACUGCAUGUUAUAUAAAGUGCAGAAGAACUACAGACUGCACAUUUAGUUGGACUCUUUGCUAAACAGAGAAUAAAAUGUCUAUUUUAC